ACACAGACGAUGGCUGAUUCUUACUGCCCUUGGGAGGUCCUAGUUAUCAUCUGGUGCUACAUCUGGGUACAUGUACAUCCCCAAGACUGUAUAAAAAAGACUUGUAAGUAACAUUGUACAUUGUACACUGUUCUGUCGGCCAGGCGACCACUACUUCAAUUUACACACCUACUAAUCCGACUAGCCAAGAGCUGGGUGCAAAGGACGGGGGCCAAGCUAGGGUCGGCACCACACAGAUCCAGAUCACAGUUCACAGGCCGCAUGUAGCCUUCUUUUUGGAGCCUUUCGUCCCUUGCCUUCAAAGCUAAGAACCCAUCGAAACAGAGGCGACCAAUGAACGCACAUCCCAGAGCAAUCAUCGCAGUCACACCCCCGGAACGCCCCACUAAAACCCCACUUACGAGCGCAACGCAAAGCCAAACUAAGCACGCGCCACGCACCUCACUGCCCUCACUAGCUCGAGGCGUCGUGGGCGUGGCUGAGCUUGCUCGCGACACAGCGCGCCGCAGCAAUGUCGUGGCAGCAGCGGGGCUUGCUACUCAUGGCGAUGGCCGUCGCCGCCCUCCUCCCCGACGGAGCGGUGGCGGUGGCGGCCGGGCGGUGCACGACCUCGACGCCCGUGAAGACGUACGACAAGUGCAUCGCCCUGCCGACGCAGGGCGCGACGCUGGCGUGGACCUACGACGCGCGGAACGCGACGCUGGACGCCGCGUUCACGGGCUCCUUCAUCUCGCCGUCGGGGUGGGUGGCCUGGGGCGUGAACGCGGGCGCGCCGGCGAUGACCGGGGCGCGCGUGCUCGCGGCCUUCUCCGACCCGUCCACGGGCGCGCUGCUCGCGCUCCCGUUCGUCCUCUCCCCGGACGUCAAGCUCCAGGCGUCGCCGCUCGUGUCCCGGCCGCUGGACAUCCCGCUGCUGGCGUCCUCGGCGUCGCUCCUCGCCCCCGCGCGCACCGUCCGCGACGGCGCCAAGGUGACCAUCGCCGCCACCAUCCGGCUGUCGCCGAACCGCACCAGGGUCCACUUGGUGUGGAACCGGGGGCUCUACGUGCAGGGCUACUCCCCGACCAUCCACCCCACCGACGCCUCCGACCUGGCGUCGCACGCCACCGUGGACAUCCUGACCACCGCCACCGAGGCCUCGCCCAUCGCCUCGGCCACGCUGCAGUGGCUGCACGGGUCCCUGAACGCGCUCUCCUGGGGCCUGCUCCUCCCGGUCGGCGCGGCGGUGGCCCGGUACCUGCGGCCGUGCGCGUACGCGGGGCCCGCGUGGUUCUACGCGCACGCGGCGAUGCAGGCGACGGGGUACACCCUGGGGGCGGCCGGGUUCGCGCUGGGCCUGGUGAUGGGGUCGGCGUCGCCGGGGGUGACGUACAAGCUGCACCGCGGGCUGGGCAUCGCGGCGGCGACGGCGGGGAGCCUGCAGACGCUGGCCAUGUUCUUCCGGCCCAAGACCACGAACCGGUACCGCAAGUACUGGAAGUCGUACCACCACCUGGUGGGGUACGGGUGCGUGGUGGUCGGGGUGGUGAACGUGUUCCAGGGCUUCGAGGUCAUGGGGCUCGGCGCCUCCUACUGGAAGCUUGGCUACUGCCUGGCGCUCGCCACGCUCAUGGGCGCCUGCGUCGCGCUGGAGGUGAACGCGUGGGUGCUCUUCUGCCGCAGGCAGCAGGAGGAGAAGCUCAUGAGGAGGGAGGUGGAGGACGUCGUCGUCAAGGACAGGGCAGCUGCCUUCUAGAGCUCGCUCGCUUUGCUGCCUCAGCGGUGGCGGGUUGGAUGGAGGCCGGGGCCGGUGAGAGCGAUGUCUCAAAGGAUAUCAUCAGGCACGUCCAUACUCCACAGCGGGACAAAUGGCAAGCCGUGCUCCGUUUCUUCGCAUGAUAAGAGUGUCUUUUUCCGUCCUUUCUCGAUAUAUAUAGAGAGAAGUAGAGAUUCUUGUAUAAGUUUGACUUGCAGUUACCCAACGAAAUCUAUGGUUUGUAGGAAGAUAGCGAUUUUCUGUAAAGAAAUGUACUCCCAAUUAUCUCACAAAGUAAAGAAGAGACCCUUUGUCUGACCGAUCACAGAACAGAGGUUCCUAA